GAAGUGGGGCGGAGGGCCAUGGCUUCAGGUGAUCCCGCCCCUCCCUCGUAGCGCAGGACCAAUCGUGCGGUGGUAGGCGGGGUUUUGAGGAGGCAGCCCGCCCACGCACCGCGCGAGGCGUGUAUCGAUUGGUUGGCGCCGCGGGCGCAGGUGCGCGCUUUCUAUUGGGUGUGGGCGGAACGCGAGGGAUUGCAGCAUCUUCGGGGGCUGCAGGUGAGCGCGCGCCGCGGCUGUGGCCCGCUCGGGUGCGCGCGCCGCGGCUGUGGCCCGCUCGGGUGCGCGCGCGCGCGGGCUCGCGGGGGAGGCGGCAGAGGGAGAGGUUGCGGCGCUUGUGGCCUCUGCUCCGCCCCCUCUUCUCCUCCAGCGCUGUCGCCGUCGCCGCCGGGGCCCGGAGGGAGGGAGCUGCUUCCCCGCCUGCCGCGCCACCAGUCCGACCCUCGGUCCUGCCGUGUGAGCAGCUGGUGGAGUGGAGCUCAGCGCGGACGCCGGAGCUGCGGCCGCCCCCUCUGCAGGUGCCUGUGAGGAGGCGCCCGGGCCGCAACCGCUUUCCGAGAUCCCCAGUGGCGCACUCGCUCCCCGCGCUCCUGAGGGGCCGCCCGGCCGGAGGAGGCCGUCGCGGGGCUCGGCGUUCAGCAUGAACCGCAGCCACCGGCACGGGGCGGGCAGCGGCUGCCUGGGCACCAUGGAGGUGAAGAGCAAGUUUGGAGCUGAAUUUCGUCGGUUUUCGCUGGAAAGAUCAAAACCUGGAAAAUUUGAGGAGUUUUAUGGAUUACUACAACAUGUUCAUAAGAUCCCCAAUGUUGACGUUUUGGUAGGCUAUGCAGACAUCCAUGGAGACUUACUACCUAUAAAUAAUGAUGAUAAUUACCACAAAGCUGUUUCAACGGCCAAUCCACUGCUUAGGAUAUUUAUACAAAAGAAGGAAGAAGCAGACUACAGUGCCUUUGGUACAGACACGCUAAUAAAGAAGAAGAAUGUUUUAACCAACGUAUUGCGUCCUGACAACCAUAGAAAAAAGCCACAUAUAGUCAUUAGUAUGCCCCAAGACUUUAGACCUGUGUCUUCUAUUAUAGACGUGGAUAUUCUCCCAGAAACGCAUCGUAGGGUACGUCUUUACAAAUACGGCACGGAGAAACCCCUAGGAUUCUACAUCCGGGACGGCUCCAGUGUCAGGGUAACACCACAUGGCUUAGAAAAGGUUCCAGGGAUCUUUAUAUCCAGGCUUGUCCCAGGAGGUCUGGCUCAAAGUACAGGACUAUUAGCUGUUAAUGAUGAAGUUUUAGAAGUUAAUGGCAUAGAAGUUUCAGGGAAGAGCCUUGAUCAAGUAACAGACAUGAUGAUUGCAAAUAGCCGUAACCUCAUCAUAACAGUGAGACCGGCAAACCAGAGGAAUAAUGUUGUGAGGAACAGUCGGACUUCUGGCAGUUCCGGUCAGUCUACUGAUAACAGCCUUCUUGGCUACCCACAGCAGAUUGAACCAAGCUUUGAGCCAGAGGAUGAAGACAGCGAAGAAGAUGACAUUAUCAUUGAAGACAAUGGAGUGCCACAGCAGAUUCCAAAAGCUGUUCCUAAUACUGAGAGCCUGGAGUCAUUAACACAGAUAGAGCUAAGCUUUGAGUCUGGACAGAAUGGCUUUAUUCCCUCUAAUGAAGUGAGCUUAGCAGCCAUAGCAAGCAGCUCAAACACGGAAUUUGAAACACAUGCUCCAGAUCAAAAACUCUUAGAAGAAGAUGGAACAAUCAUAACAUUAUGAAACCGUGGUUUGAAUGUUUUCAGAGUGAGGAUGCCAUGAGGACUUGUACAUUUGGCUAGUUUAAAAGCAUAUAUACCUCUGACCAGUGAUGUGGAAUAGGCAUGAGACGAGUAACGUUGCAAGCUUACAAUAUUAUUAAAGUAGUAGUUUGAUAAUUGUUAAUAUAAACUUCGGUGGAUCAGAGGUGAAUUUAAGUCCAAAACAAAGGGGCCUUUGCUGAUGAAGUUACGUGCUUUUGCUAUUUUGUCUGUGGAGAAUCAGAUGUUAAAGCACAUUCUUGGAACUAUGUGAGAAGACUAGAUCAUUUCUGUUGGAAGUGGUUGCAUAUUUAACCUGCUGUGCAGAGCCCAGUUAAUUUUUCCUUUAACUGUAUUUUUAAAAUUCUAAUGUGAAGUCUGAUUCUCUCUUGUGGUACAUUGGGGACCUCAGCUCUUAAAGGUCUCAUGUUCCCAAAAUUGUAUUUUGAUUUUUUUUUUUUUUUUCUUUAGUGACUGGGUCUCACUCUGUUGCCCACACUGGAAUGCAGUGGCAUGAUCACGGCUCUCUGCAGCCUCAAUCCCCUGGGCUCGCAGCAGUCCUCCCACCUCAGCCUCCUGAGUAGCUGGGACCAUAGGCACAUACCACCAUAUCUGUCUACUUUUUGUAUUUUUUGUCGAGACAAGGUUUCACCAUGUUGCCCAAGUUGGUCUUGAACUCCUGGGCUUAAGCAGUCCUGCCUCGGCUUCCCGAAAUGCUAGGAUUAGAGCCACUAUGCCCAGCCUAUUUUUGAUUUUUGUUUUUUUAAUGUUCCUUUCUAAUAAGUUGUAACAAAUGAUGUUCUCAAGUGCAUUUCCAGUUUCUUUUCUUUUCUUUCUUUUUUUUUUUUUUUUGAGAUAGAGUCUCGCUCUAUCGCCCAGGCUGGAGUGCAGUGGCGCGAUCUUGGCUCACUGCAAGCUCCACCUCCUGGGUUCACACCAUUCUUCCACCUCAGCCUCCCAAGUAGCUGGGACUACAGGCGCCCGCCACCAUGCCUGGCUAAUUUUUAGUAUUUUUAGUAGAGACGGGGUUUCGCAGUGUUAGCCAGGAAGGUCUCGAUCUCCUGACCUCCUGAUCCGCCCACCUCGGCCUCCCAGAGUGCUGGGAUUACAGGCAUGAGCCACCGUGCCCAGUUGUGCAAUUCUGGUUUCUAAGAAUCAAACCACUUGGUUGGUUUUAGGAGUUGCUUCCCAUGUUAUAAAGCUCAGGAAGCUUUUUUUUUUUUGAGACAGAGUCUGUCACCCAGGCUGGAGUGCAGUGGUGCAAUCUCAGCUCCCGGGUUCAAGCAAUUCUCCUGCCUCAGCGUCCUGAGUAGCUAAGAUUACAGGCGUGCGCCAACACAUCUGGCUUAUUUUUUUGUAUUUUUAGUAGAGAUGGAGUUUCACCAUGUUGGUCAGGUGGGUCUCAAACUCCUGACCUCAAGUGAUCCGCCCAUCUCCUCCCAAAGUGCUGGAUUGCAGGCAUGAGCGCCCAGCCAGGAAGCUAUCUUUUCUUGAGUUAUGAAACUUUGCAACAGUUGUUCAAAUUGGUGUUUGUCCUUCCUAUAGCUUUCAUAUUUGCAAAUUAAUUCUGUAUGGCUAUAUAAUUUAUGUUUUAAAGGCAAUUCUCUUGACUUUGGAAAUAUGGAAGUCUCUCCUUUAACCUAUUCUUGUUCCCAUUCCCAGUCUCAUUUGAAAUCAUUCCUUUUAUUGUUAGUGUGUGUAUUUUUGUUGGUGUGCUUUUAAUGCAUCCAAGUAUGCAUCAUUUUGGAUAAAAAAUACAUCCAAAUUAAGAUGUUUUAACACAUAGGACAAACUUGUGCACUUUUUAUGCCAAAAAAAAAAAUUGGGUUUUCCUUCAUGGGAUUUCUAGAAACACUGCCUACACUUUAUGAAAACUACAUAGUAUUCACCUGUGACAGGUAGAGUUUAUCACUAUUAAUUUUAUGAGGCUAUUUAUUACUUUCCAGUGCAUCCACUUAGAACAAGCUAAGAGUAAGGCUGCUAACUUUAAUUCCUUGCCUGAUUUUAUUGUACAAUGUGCACAAGCACAAUGGUAUGCUUGUAUAUAGAAACUAAAAAUACUAUGAAGUACAUAAGUUCCCUAUGGCUUAUGGAGAGUUAUUUAUUAAUUAACUUUAUGGUAGGGCUAGUAUGAAUACCUUUUUAACAAUUGUGUGCUAUUACAACAAUGAAGAUUCAAAUGACUCCGUUUUGAAGGAUGUUUUCUCUAUAUGGUAAAGUAUAUAUGAAGAAGUCUUGAUUACGUGAAGAUCACUUGACUCAGAAUACUUCAAUGUAUUUUGUUCACAUUACCACUAAGCAUAUUAUCAGUAAACUAUUAACUGACUGCACAUUAUGUAAUACGUUGUACUUUUUGUUGAAUUCACCGAAGUUCUUCCAUUUAUAUACUAUUUUUAAUGGCAUUCCGGCUUUAACAUUCUGUGAGUCUUAUAAAUUUGACUCUUGAAUGGCAAAAUAAUGUUAGUAUGUAGAAGGUUAACUUUCAUUUAUAAUAUAAGUGGUGCAGGGGUUCAACAUUUAAGUAAAAAUAUUCUUACACACUACCUCUCUCUCUUUUUUUUUAAAGUUUUAACAUCAGAACUUUUGGGGGAAAAACUACUUCAGGGCUUGACGUUUUGUACAAAUUUUAACUGUAAAAUACAGGUUUAUCUUGUACGCAUUCAUGGAAAUGGAAAUCAAAGCUGCUAGUGCUUUUUAUUUUAAUUAUCCUGUUAAGGGUAUCUAUCAAUGGUAUUUUCAAGUAGAUCUCUGUUUCUUGAAUUAUUGGUGAAAUAAUUGAUUACUAGAUAUAUUGUAAAACCAAUAGAUCCUGGUUAUACGAUAAAAUAUCAGCUCAUUGGUAGGCUGAAUCAAUUAUUUCAAGUGCACCUUAUUAACAAACGUAUCAGUGGAUCCAACAUAAAAUUUUAUAGUACUAAAUGUCAAGCCUAACUGUGAAUUUUGUUCUGUAUCUUAAGUAAAUUUAUGAUAAUGUUCUUGAGCUAUCAACAAAAUAUAUGUACUUUUGUGAGCUAUGAAUUUUCUAAUUAAAUUUUACAUGCUAUAA